ACCUGUAGUUCGCCAGCCCCCGCACAAUAUAGUGUUGGCCAAUGUGCCUGCCUGGACCCUCUGUGCCUAUGGCUGGACCACCCCAAACAGGAUGACGGCAGGUCGUCAUGGAAACUGCGUUACGCUAGGCUCUGAGCAAGAAGGGGGGAGCAGGGGUAGAAAACAAGAACGAGAAGCUAAAGAGUUUCAUUUCAGAACCACGCGCUCCAUGGACAGCGCCAGUGAGCUCUAAGCUUUGUUCCACGCCGAAUGACCCUCUCAGACGAAACUCCAGACGAGCAGAUUCACAUCACCAGUCCACAACCCAACAAAACUAAUUGGACCUGAGGCUUGUGAAUACCGAUUCAACUAAAGAAGGUUCGAAAAGGCCACUGCAACAGCAUGACGGAUCAGAGCACCGCUCAGCGGUUCCACCACCUGACUGCGGAGCAGGUGGAGGUCCUGGAUCAGGUUCUGUCCGAAGUGGUUCCCAUCCACGGCCGUGGAAAUUUCCCAACACUGGAGCUGCGGCCCCGUGACAUCAUUGCGGCGGUCCGCACCCGUCUGCAGACACAGGGCAUCACCGUGAGGGACGUACGUCUGAAUGGAUCCACUGCCAGCCAUGUUCUGGUCCGAGACAACGGGACCAGCUACAAAGACCUGGACAUCAUUUUUGGUGUGGAGCUUCCGAGGCAGGAAGACUUUCAGGUGAUAAAGGAAACAGUGAUGGGCUGCCUGCUGGAGUGUCUACCUGCAGGGGUGAACAGAGAGAGGAUCAGCAGCUCCACCAUGAAGGAGGCCUAUGUCCAGAAGAUGGUCAAGGUCUUCACCGAACACGACCGCUGGAGCCUCAUCUCCCUCUCCAACAACAGCGGCAAGAACCUGGAACUCAAGUUUGUGAGCACGCUCAGACGGCAGUUUGAGUUCAGCGUGGACUCAUUUCAGAUCAUCUUGGACCGUAUGCUGGAAUGCUACCUGCUGGAGGAGGAGUCACUGCAGGCAGCCAAUAGACUGGAGCCUAAGGAGCAGUCUUCAGCCAACCAGAGCAAAGAGUCUGUGUCUUUGCCCACCUCAAGGGUGGAGUCCAGGGAUAAGGACAUGGAGAUGGAGCACUCAGACCAGACACAGCUCACAAAGCAGACAGGAUGCACAGCACAGAAGCCACUCUCAGACCAAAAGGAAAUCCAAGUCCUGACACAACACUCAGACCAGACAGAACACUCAGACCAGACAGAACACUCAAACCAGGCGGAACUCUCAAACCAGGCAGAACUCUCAAACCAGGCAGAACUCUCAAACCAGACGGAACUCAAAGCCCAGGAACCACACUCAGACCAGACUGAACUUCUCAUCCAGACAAAACAUUCAAAAGAGACGGAACACUCUGACCAGACAGAACUAUCGGACCAGAAGAAAAAUUCUGACCAGCCAGAACACUCAGACCAGAUGGAACACUCAGAGCAGAUGGAACCCUUAGACCAGUCAGAUCUCUUAGUUCAGACAGAACACUCAGACCACAGAGAACACUCAGAACAGACAGACCUGUCUGAUCACAUAGAACUCUCAGACCAGAAUGAACUCUCAGACCAGGAUAUUUCUGAGUGUUGGGCUGAUACCAGAGAGACACCAGAGACACCAGUAGAAGGACUUCUUGACACAAGAGUCACCAGUGAGGGAACAGAUCCAAACCAGUCAGAGACUUGUGCCUGCAUUUGUGAGAUGCAGGGCAGUGAGUAUGUGUCAGAGGAGAGACCAUGCUACAAAGCUGAGUCUACGAUCCCACAGAACUCAGAUGAUUCAGAGGCAGAGGAACAGAACAAGACAGAUACACACACAGACGCAGAGACACACAAAGACACAGAGACACACAAAGACCCAGAGACACACACAGACACAGAGACACACACAGACACAGAGACACACAAAGACACAGAGACACACACAGACCCAGAGACACACAAAGACACAGAGACACACACAGGCCCAGAGACACACACAGACACAGAGACACACACAGACCCAGAGACACACACAGACCCAGAUACACACACAGACACAGAGACACACACAGACCCAGAUACACACACAGAGCCAGAGACACACACAGACCCAGAGACACACACAGACACAGAGACACACACAGACCCAGAGACACACACAGCCACAGAGGCACACACAGACCCAGAGACACACACAGACCCAGAGACACACACAGACACAGACACAAACACAGACACAGAGACACACAAAGACACAGAGACACACACAGACACAGAGACACACACAGACACAGAGACACACACAGACACAGAGACACACACAGACACAGAGACACACACAGACCUUAAGUCUUUAGAUACAACAAACACAACCGAUCCUCAGGAUGCUCCACAUACCCUGCCCAACCAAGCCUUGGAGAGGAAGUCCCCCUCCCCUCCCCCCUCCAAAGCCCCCAGGCUGUCUCAGAUGGUGGUCCUGAAGCACUCCUCUCCCAAACCCCCCCGGAGGAUGUGCCGUAAGGUAUCCCCAAACAUCGCAUCUAUCCCUGACCCAGCCAACGUCCAUAACCUUGACCACUCCUCUGAGCCCAACUUUAAUUUCAGUCCUGACUCUGACCAUUCUUUAUCUCCCGAUGUAACUCUUCUCUUUGAUCCCAACCCUGACGCUAUCCCAGCCAACUCUGCCCCUAACCCUGCCACAGCAACAGAUCCUCACGGCAACCAUGACCUUUUACCUAACACUGACCGCAGUGCUGUCCCUGAUCCACAAUCCACAACAAAUAUUGCCUUAACCUCUCAGGUUAAUCCUAAUCCUAUCCCAGACUCCAACACUGACCCUAACCCUACCAUAAACUCCAACACUGACCCUAACCCUGCCAUAGACUCCAACACUGACCCUAACCCUACCAUAAACUCCAACCCUGACCCUAACCCUAUUCCUAAACCUGAUUCUAACACUAGCUCUACUCCUGACCCUAUCCUCACUCCUGAUCCUAAUCCUACAACUGAACCUAACACCAACACUUGCCCACAACCAACUCUGGACCUGAAUGCUGCAGCACUACAUGUUACCUCAAUCUCUCAGGUCCUCAGAGAUCUGUCAUCAGAGAUACAAUCAUCUAAGAUCUCAGACUCCGAGUCAGACUCCGCCCAGAUGAUUGGUGACUCGUCUGUGACAGAGAACCAUUCUGAGCCCUCAGGCAAUGCUUCAGAGGGAACACUGCAGUCAGAACCCCCUGACUUAUUAAACAUGCUCACAAACACUUAUAUUAGCCACACAGGCACCACCACACACUCUGACACUACUACUCAUACACCCACCUUGGAGGCAGAUGAUGAUGAUGAUGAUGAUGAUGAUGAUGAUGAUGAUGAUGAUGAUGAUGAUGAUGAUGAUGAUGGAGACAUCUACAUUCAGUUGUCCGAGGAGUCAUCUUCAUCCCCCAGCAGAGUGAAACCUGUAAUUCAUGUCACACAGCACGAGACCCAGGUGCGAUUGACAAGCCUUGACGCCCCUCCUCCUCUCUGCCUCACUCCUCCUCCGCUCUCCCUCACCCCUCCUCCCUUCUGCCUCUCUCCUCCCCCCCUCAGCCUCGCUCCUCCUUCCCUUUCCCUUCCCCCUCCUGCCUUCUGCAUUGCACCUCCUCCCUCCCUCAAGCCAAUCACCGACCAGAGUCCUCCUCGUACACCUCCCCCUACCCGUAGCCCUCCUCCUCCCCUUGUUUCUCCUCCUCUCUGUUUUACCCCACCUCCUAUCAGUGUCACCCCUCCUCCCCCCAGUCCUCCUCACUCCUCCAGCUUUGGCCCCUCUCCUUUCUCCCUCACCCCUCCUCCCAUCUGCCCUACAUCACCCUUCCGUCUCUCCCCACCUCCUCUCUCCCUUUCUCCUCCCCCUCUCUCCCUUUCCCCUUCUCUCCUUCAAUUUUCUCCUCCUUCUCUUCCCCCCACCCCUUCUUGCCCCUCCCCUCCCUCUCCUCCCCUCUCUCCGUCCUCUCCAGCCUUCUCCCUCUCCCCCUCUCCUCCACUCUCCUUCGCUCAGCCGGCACACACAGUGGAAUCUAUACCCUGUGUUUCCCUGUCUUCAACCCCGGAGCCUUCGUCAGAGAACACAGGGACUGAGAGACAGCUGUCACAGCCAUCCUCUCAGCCAAACCUGCCUCGACAGGACACCCUGAUAGUAGAUAGUAUGUCCCUAAAGGCCCUGCCUUCCCCCCAGGCCUUAAAGACUGCCUCAUUCACACCUGCCACUUUCAACCCCUCCUCAGUCCCCCUGGCUCAGUUGGCCCAUCUACCAGGUAGGACACAUGAUUCAGCUUCCACAGAGGUGUCUGGAGUGGACAGCAAGGCCCCAAAGGCAUCCGGAAACACGCCUGUGCAGAAAACCAUCCCUCGCACCUCCAGUGGCUUGCCCGUCGUGGAGGUCCUGGCAGAGAGCAUGUAUGGGGACUUUGAGGCCGCCAUGGAUCACCUGAGGUACCGGCUGAUUGCCACACGGAACCCGGAGGAGAUCCGGGGUGGGGGUCUGCUCAAGUACAGCAACCUGCUGGUGAGAGACUACCGCCCGGCCAGCGAGACCCAGAUCAAGACGCUGGAGCGCUACAUGUGUUCGCGCUUCUUCAUCGACUUCCCUGACGUGCAGGAACAGCAGAGGAAGAUCCUGUCCUACCUGAGGAAUCACUUCAUCGGCGAGGAGCGGAGCAAGUAUCAGUACCUGAUGACCCUGCGGCGCGUCGUCGACGACAGCACGGUGUGCCUGAUGGGACACGAGAGGCGGCAGACGCUCAACAUGAUCACGGUGCUGGCGCUGAGGGUUCUGGGAGAACAGAACAUUAUCCCCAACACGGACCAUGUGACCUGCUAUUACCAGCCCGCGCCAUACCUGGCCGAGCACAGCGCCUCCUACAUUGCCGAGCCAAGCUACUGCAGCUACUAUAUACCACAGGGAGGUUCGACCCUACUGUACCAGCCCUAUCCUUUACAUCUACACACACAGACUGGCCUGGUCUAGCAAAGGACACACUGUGUAAAAACCACCAACACUGACCUAGACCUAGACCAACACUAAUAUAUCAUGUAGGUCUUUUUCCACACACACAUAGCAGCUCCGUCUGUGUGAGGUCUGUGGUAUGAUUAUAGGUAAUUAUCCACCCUUUGUGGCAAAAUAAUAAUUCUCCUGAUAUUGAAGACAUUCUGUGAUGAAUGUAUGAGUCACACCUUGGCUCCCGGUCUCCCUGGGAAACGGGUGCACAGUUGAUACACAAGCACAGGCAGGGAGAGAUACACACACACACACACACACACACACACUGUUUCUCCGCUACACAGUCGAAUGCACCCAUAUUGUGCUCACACACACAAAGCUCUAUCUCUUCCAGACUCAAGAAUCCGUGUUCAAUAUUUCCAUGUUCUUAUUGUGUUGUUCUAAACAAGUUUGUUCUGAGUGCGAAAGUGGCCUGUUGUUGGAUCUUUCAAUAUUUUGCAUGGGUAACGAGGACUGUUUCUCCCCACUGCCAAAUACUAUGUGAGGACUUAGCUCCCAAAUCUUACCUAAAGGGGUGUGUGUAGCUGGAUUAGUGUUUGUGAAAUGCAAAAAGAUUAAGAGGAUAAUUAUAUACAGUAUUAAUCUACCAGCGGGGGUGCCACAUGGGCUGCCUAAGAAGGUUAAUGGCAUUUAGUGUUGCACACACAGACAUAGACACAGACACACACGGUUUUUGCAAUUCAUACAUUAUAACAUGUACAUCCAUAAUUUAAACAACCAGAAACAGGUUCAGAAGCUUUUUUAUAACUUAGUCAAAGGUCGGUAGGACAAAUCAAUCUAUUUUUACAAGACUUUCAGAGAAAUAAGUAAAUUAAUAUAAAGUCAGUCACACAAACUAAAACAAAAUCACGAUGUCUUUGCAAUACACUGUACAGAUGACUGAAUACUGGAUAUUGUACACCAAUGCACGAUAGGGUAUUGUUUUCAGGUGAAUCAUGUGAGUAAUGUCAUAUUUCUUGUGGAGUCUUGGGUAUAAUGUGAUGUAUAAGCUAGUGUUACUGUGUUUUGACUUACUGUGCAAAUGUUGACUUGUUAAGAGGUCAGUCAAGUGACCACCCAUGAUGUGGUCAGGUUUUGGUCAUCGUUUGGUCAUCUCUAAGGCCUGAUAAGAUAUGUAAAACCAAACCUGUCAGAACACACACACACUCACGGAACUAGUCUGAAACCACAGAGAAAGAAGAGAAAAAAUACAAGAUUCAUAUCCACUCGGAAGCCCUCAUAAAAUGACUGUGACCAAAGAUGGCCUAGGAGGAAACUCAAGUGCCUAAAUGAGAGACAUCAGCAUGCCUGUAUUAUUGCACUGGGGUAUGGGGAGGGAGGUGGGGGCAUGGGAAGGGAGGUAUGGGGAGG